AUGACUCUUGUUUCAACAAUGAUCAACUUCGAGUUCCAAAACUCUUUCAUUUUUUUCCUCUUAUCCUUCUUCUCACUCCUCUGUUUCCUUGGCUUCUUCUUCUUCAAGAAACCAAAGGUUGAUUUGGAAUCGCCUCCGAGCCCUCCUUCUCUGCCAAUCAUCGGCCAUCUUCACCUUUUUCUAUCUCCUCUAAUCCACAAAUGCUUUCAGAAAAUCUCAUCCAAGUAUGGACCUUACCUCCAUCUCCGCAUCUUCCACCUCCCCAUUGUUCUCGUCUCAUCCGCCUCAAUGGCCAGCGAGAUCUUUAAGGCCCAUGAUGUGAAUAUAUCGUCCUGUGACCUCCCUCCAAUCGACGAGUCCCUCUUUUUCGGGGAAACUGGAUUCUUCUCUGCUCCCCAUGGAGAUUACUGGAAGUUCAUGAAGAAACUUCUCGUCACAAAGCCUCUUGGACCACACGCAAUCGAGCGGUUAUGA